AUGGCGGCCGCGGUCCCGGUGGCGGCCCCGGCCCCGGUCGUGGCGCCGGUGACGACGACUCUCCAAACACAGCACGUCCCCUCCGCACGGCACCGCCGCCCAACUGACGACCGAGGGGGGGACGUGAGCCUGCGCCGGAGGAAGAGGGGGGACUGCGCCUGCGCAGAACGGCAAAGGGAGGAGCCACCGCCGGCCCCACAGAAAUGUGCCGAGUGCGAGAAGAGCCUCAACCACCAGACAGACCCGCAGCGCUUCAAGCACAAGGGCACACAGACCCCACAGGCUGACGCCGACCCCGCACCGCAGCCACACUGCUACGAGCAGUGUGAGAAGUACUUCAGCUGCAGCUCGAGCCUGCUCAAGCACCGAGAUGUGCACGGCACCGGCGGCUGCACUGUGGCGAGAAGCUGUACCAGUGUGGGCUCUGUGGGAUGGGCUUCUCCUGAGUUCCCACUACGACCGGCACCGGCUCACACACGCUGGGGAGAAGCCUUUCUCCUGUGCCCACUGCGGGAAACGCUUCAGCCGCAGCUCCCACCGCAACGGCACCAACGCGCCCACGCCCAGCGCGGCCCUGAGAAGUGCCGCUUGUGCCCCAAUUGUGGCAAAGCCUUUGGCCUCGGCACGGCCCUGGCAGCCCAUCAGUGCCUGCAUAGCGCAGGCACCUGCAGCCCUGUCCCUGCUGCCACCUGCGUGGUGGGAGGGUGA